AUGCCCGUUGUUCACUUGCUAGACUACGCUGCCGGCAACAUCCGGUCGCUGGUCAAUGCCAUCGAAAAGCUUGGCUGGGAAGUGCAAUGGAUCAAGUCGCCUGAAGAUGUGCCCAAAGCAGAGAUACUCAUACUGCCCGGUGUCGGCCACUUUGGUCACUGUCUGACCCAGUUCGCCAACGCCGGUUAUGUCGAACCGGUACGAUCGUACAUUCAAUCUGGCAAACCAUUCAUGGGAAUUUGUGUAGGAAUACAAGCACUCUUCGAAGGCUCUGAAGAGAACUCUUCUGUCCCGGGUCUUGGUGUUGUAAAGGGUCGACUCGAACGCUUCCGCAGCGACACGAAGAGUGUACCACACAUUGGCUGGAACUCUGCCAAGACUGAGGCCAACAACGACAGUGUUUAUGGAAUGCGUCCUGACAGCAAGUACUACUAUGUGCACUCAUAUGCUGUACCUUAUCGAGAGGGCGAGCUUGAGAAGGAUGGCUGGACUGUAGCCAAGGCUCGCUACGGUGACCAAGAUUUCGUUGGGGCCAUCGCAAAGGGCAACGUUCUUGCUACCCAAUUUCAUCCCGAGAAGAGUGGUGCUGCCGGUCAGCGCGUUCUCAAAGCGUUCCUUGAAGGUCAAAAGAGUCUACCACUCCCCGCGGAGCUCGACCAGAACUCCAUCCGAGACGGUCUCACACGAAGGAUCAUCGCCUGCCUCGAUGUCCGCACGAACGACAAUGGCGAUCUCGUAGUAACAAAAGGCGAUCAAUACGACGUCCGCGAGAAAUCCGACAAAUCCGUCCGUAACCUCGGCAAACCAGUUCAAAAAGCACAGCAAUACUACGAGCAAGGCGCCGAUGAGGUAACAUUCCUCAACAUCACUUCCUUCCGUGAUACACCACUGAAAGACCUUCCCAUGCUCGAAGUCCUCCGCCAAGCCUCCGCAACCGUCUUCGUGCCCUUGACGAUCGGUGGGGGAAUCAGAGACACUACCGACCCAGAGACAGGCCGCGUGGCUCCAGCCCUCGAAGUCGCCACGCUAUACUUCAAGUCCGGUGCGGACAAAGUCUCAAUCGGCUCAGACGCAGUCACAGCCGCAGAGGAAUACCACGCCUCGCACAAGACCCUCACCGGCAAGACCGCCAUCGAGACCAUCAGUGAAGCAUACGGCGCCCAAGCCGUCGUCGUCUCGGUCGACCCUAAGCGCGUCUAUGUCUCCUCAGCCGACUCCACCCCUCACCACACCAUCCAAACUAGCACUCCAGGCCCGAACGGCGAGACGUUCUGCUGGUACGCCUGCACCAUCAAAGGAGGCCGCGAAACCCGCGAUCUAGACGUGGUGCAGCUCCUCACGGCUGUCGAAGCAAUGGGCGCAGGAGAAAUUCUACUCAACUGCAUCGAUAAAGACGGGACAAACUCUGGUUUCGACUUGGAGUUGAUCAAGAUGGCGAAAGCAGCUGUUAAGAUUCCCGUGAUUGCAUCGAGUGGUGCAGGUAAUGCGGGUCACUUUGCUGAGGUCUUUGAUAAGACGAAUGUGGACGCUGCGUUGGGAGCGGGGAUGUUCCAUCGUGGAGAAUGGACUGUUAAGCAGGUUAAGGAGGAGUUGAGGAAGACAGGGUUGUUGGUUAGGAAGUUUGAGGAAGAAGUCUAG